GGGCAUUGUGGGGCGGAGGCGGCCUUUCUCUGAGUCCAGGCGAUCGGGAAAUCUUCAAGUAAAUAACGUUAACAGGGGGGAGGAACAGUCCGAGCGGAAUAUCCAACACAUCUUAAUUGUGUUGCUGAGCCUUAAUUAUUAAAACUCGUAUUAUUACACAAACAUGGGGCAGGAGGAUCUCAUGAACACAGCCGAAGACGUGGCGGACCAGUUCUUGCGGGUAACCAAACAGUACCUGCCCCACCUGGCGCGUCUGUGUCUCAUCAGCACCUUCCUGGAGGAUGGCAUCCGCAUGUGGUUCCAGUGGAAUGAGCAGAGAGACUACAUCGAGGCUACCUGGAGCUGUGGCUACUUCCUGGCUACGUGCUUUGUGCUGCUUAACCUCAUAGGACAGCUGGGUGGCUGUGUCCUCAUCCUCAGUAGAAAUUUUGUACAAUAUGCCUGCUUUGGAUUAUUUGGCAUCAUAGCACUACAGACCGUCGCAUACAGCAUUUUAUGGGACCUUAAAUUUUUGAUGAGAAACCUUGCCCUUGGAGGUGGUCUGCUCCUGCUGCUGGCUGAGUCUCGCUCGGAAGGAAAGAGCAUGUUUGCUGGAGUCCCCUCCAUGGGAGAGAGUUCGCCAAAGCAGUACAUGCAGCUGGGCGGUCGAGUACUGCUAGUGCUCAUGUUCAUGACUCUGCUACACUUUGACUCCAGCUUCUUUUCUAUCCUGCAGAACAUGGUGGGGACUGCCCUCAUCAUCCUGGUGGCCAUCGGCUUCAAAACCAAGCUCGCGGCGUUGACCCUCGUGAUGUGGCUUCUGGCUAUCAAUGUCUACUUCAACGCUUUCUGGACCAUCCCCGCCUACAAGCCCAUGCAUGACUUCCUCAAGUAUGACUUCUUCCAGACCACCUCGGUCAUUGGUGGCCUGCUGCUGGUGGUUGCACUGGGGCCUGGCGGAGUGUCCAUGGAUGAGAAGAAGAAAGAGUGGUAGGCAGAGGAGGAUAAGAUGCGAGGAUUGCUCGGCACCACUAACUUCCCCCACGAUCGGGACACAAAGACCCUCCCUCUCCUCCAGUUUCCCCCCCCAUCAGGGUACAAAGGUUUUUUUUCUAGCUCAUUUUUUAUUUGGCCAAAUCCACAGACACCAUCUCACAUUUUCCACUCCACUGCUAUUUUUAUUUUUUAGUUGAACAUUUUAAAAGGCAGAUUUUUUUUCUAAGCCCUUAAAAAAGCAAUUGUAUUUCAUAGUGCUAAAAAAACUAUUAAUGGAUGAUAAGAGGACGAAAACAGUUAUCGGUUCUCUCUUCAGAAGGUGAAUAAAAAUAAUUUAUUGUAUUUUAUGGGUGUCAUGCCAUAAAUUAUCAUAGAUUAAUUUUCAGAUUUUCUGAAUAAAACUGGUAAAGUGGAGAGAGUGCAGCAGUUUGGGUUCCCCCUAUGGAUGCUGAUCUUUUCCUGUCGUUGGAUCUUGGAGUGUCUGAGACUUACUCACCAUAUUGAUCCUGAAAACUUGGGCACUGAUUUGACAGCAACUUGCCUUGACUCUCCAGGUUUCAUCUCCCUUCUUUUUUUUUUUUUUUUCUCUCCACCCAACCUUUUCAGUACAUCUGUACACCUUCAGUCUCAACUGACUCUUGUCACAUGGGGAGCUGAAUCUGGGGAGGGGGGGGGGGCGUAUACAUUGUAUAGUGGUGGAUUGCAGUCAUGCUUGAUUGAAAAUUUCAACACAGUUGUUAGCUCCAGGACUUGUUAUUGGGCACUUUGUACUGUUCGUCUUUGGCAAAUGCCUAACUAGUGAACUGUAUAUGAUCGGGGACAAUAGGGGGGAGGCUCAACGUUUGUGAAACCAUAUUCUGCGAUCUAGACAAGCAAAGAGGACUAAGCAGAGUCACUAGCCACCUGAACUUUGUCUUUGCUCAGUGUUUUUUGCCCUGUGUAAGAAAAUUAAAAAAAAAAAAAAUAUUCAGUGUAUUGAUUUACAGAAGUUUAUAUUGUAUUUUUGAUCAUUUGUUUUUUGAUUUUGGAAGUUGAUGGCGAAGAAAUAAAAAAUAAAAAAAAAAUAUAAAGUCACUGUCUCAGUCAAGGUUUUUAGCUCUUAAGAUGCUCUCAGAGGUUGAAGGACAUUGGUGGACCAGAUAGUCAAAUCAAUGUAAAUUUUUAGCACAGAACCAUCAUGCAGUAUAGUACACAUGUAUAGGUUUUGUUUGUUUGUUACAUAUUGCAGCCUUGAAGAGUUCAAAAUGUAUACAUACUGUAGGUGUUGUAUUGGACAGGCACUGGAAUGAGCCUCCACUGACAGUGGCAGUUUGAUUCAAGGUCAGAGACUUUGAGAAAAUACUGACCUCUAAUGGACUACUGCAGUAACAGUUCAAUGCAAUGGAGCAUUUCAUAUUCAGCCACAUUGAUAAAUUUCAGUACGUAUGUACAGUUCUGAUAUCUGUGAGAUAUUUUUUUGUGUUUUGAUUGCUGCCAUUAU